CUAUUCCUAAACGCACGCCACAACCUGAUAUUUUGACUUGGACUACCACUUUGCCCCCCAACUCUCGUUGAAGUCGAACCACUUCCCCUUCUUUUCUUCCUUUCUUGGUUUUAUAUUCUCCCAACUUCGGCCAUUUCCUUUUGUUAUCUUUCUCUCUAAAAAUGGCUUCUUCUCCUCUCUCCCUAGUCUCUUUCUCUCUAACCUUCCUCUUCUUCCUGUCUCCUGCCUUGUCUACAAACUCUGAAGGAAAUGCUUUGCAUGCUUUGAGAAGUAGGUUCAAUGAUGCCACCAAUGUUCUUCAGAGUUGGGACCCAACUCUGGUCAAUCCCUGCACCUGGUUCCAUGUUACCUGUGAUGCUAAUAACCAUGUGAUCCGUUUGGAUUUGGGCAACUCUAACAUUUCUGGGUCUUUGGGGCCAGAGCUUGGGCAGCUGAAGCACCUGGAAUACUUGGAGCUUUAUAGAAAUGAUAUAGGAGGUAAAAUCCCAAAGGAGUUGGGGAAUUUGAAAAACCUUGUCAGCAUGGAUUUGUAUGGCAACAGAUUUGAAGGGAAAAUCCCAAAAUCUUUCUCCAAGUUGAAGUCACUCAGAUUUCUGAGGCUAAACAACAACAAACUAUCAGGAUCUAUUCCAAGGGAACUCACCGGCCUCUCUAACCUCAAAGUUUUUGAUGUUUCGAACAAUGAUCUAUGCGGAACGAUUCCAGUUGAUGGCCCAUUUAGCACCUUCUCAAUGGAAAGUUUUGAGAACAACAGACUUAGUGGCCCAGAGCUGCAAGGACUGGUACCAUAUGACUUCGGGUGCUGAAGAAAGCUGGAAUUCGUUUAUCAUCCUUAAACGACAGUAAUAUUGUACGAUAAAGAAAAAUGUUUGUAUCUCUAAUUAUAUUAUGUAUCCGACACUGGCACACUGUUAAUGUGUGGAUAUGAAUGUAACACUAGCUAUUAAAAAUAAAAUGAUUCUGAGAUUGGAACCUUUA